ACAGAUGCUGGUCGGGCGGGCACGUACAGCGCGCUGACGUCACAGAGCGGGGGAAGGCCGGGGCGGAGGAGGCGCGCAGUGUGAUGGCGGCCGAGGCCGAGGCCGGGCCCGGGGGCAGAUUGUAAGGACUGUGAGCCUGUGAGUGGACCUGUUGGAAAUUGGUGCAUCUUUUGAUCUGUCCAACUGACUACUGCAACAGAAUGGCAGAUUUGGAGAAAGAACCUAUUCUACAACAGUCUGAUGCUUCAGCUGAUAUUAGGAAAUUACGAUCGAAAAAAGCACCAGAACUUCCCAUUCUGGAGAGAAGGAACUGGCUGAUACAUUUGCAUUAUAUUAGGAAGGACUAUGAGACCUGCAAGGCAAUCAUCAAAGAACAGCUGCAGGAGACGCAGGGGAUGUGUGAAUAUGCUGUCUAUGUACAAGCACUAAUAUUCCGUUUGGAAGGAAAGAUUCAAGAAUCCUUUGAACUGUUUCAGACCUGUGCGAUUCUAAACCCGCAGAACGUGGACAACUUGAAACAGGUUGCUAGAUCACUGUUUUUGCUUGGGAAACACAAGGCAGCUAUUGAAGUUUACAGUGAAGCUGCUAAACUCAAUGAAAAGGAUUGGGAAAUCAGUCACAAUCUGGGAGUCUGCUUUAUGCACUUGAAGAAUUUUGAGAAGGCCAAGGUUCAUCUGAACUGUGCACUACAAAGCAGCAAACAUGAUCUGACCUUCGUGGUGUUUGGGAAAAUUUGCCUGCUGGAGGGAAACACCGAAGGGGCUGUGGAGAUUUAUAAGAAAGCAGUGGAGUAUUCACCUGAAAAUGCUGAGCUUUUGACAACUCUGGGCUUACUGUACCUGCAGCUUGGAGUUUACCAGAAAGCUUUUGAGCAUCUAGGAAAUGCUCUCACCUACAACCCCAACAACUACAAGGCCAUUCUGGCUGCAGGCAGCAUGAUGCAGUCUCACAAUGACUAUGACGUGGCAUUGAGCAAGUACAGAAUAGCGGCCCAUGCCAUCCCUGAGAGCCCGCCCCUGUGGAAUAACAUUGGAAUGUGCUUCUUCGGCAAGAAGAAAUACGUAGCUGCCAUCAGCUGUCUGAAGCGAGCUAGCUACCUGGCCCCCUUUGACUGGAAGAUUCUAUACAACUUGGGGCUGGUGCAUCUCACCAUGCAACAGUACGCAUCUGCAUUCCACUUCCUGAGUGCCGCCAUCAACAUCCACUCCAAGAUGGGGGAGUUGUACAUGCUGCUGGCCGUGGCCUUAACAAACCUGGACGAUCCUGGUAAUGCAAAGAGAUCUUACGAUCAAGCAGUGAAUCUCGACCAGUCAAACCCUUUGAUAAAUUUAAACUAUUCAAUACUGAUGUAUAACCAAGGGGACCGAAAGGGAGCACUGGACCAGUAUCAGCAAAUGGAGAAGAAGGUUAAUCGGCUGAAGGAGAGCAGCAGCUCGCUGGAGUUUGACCCAGAGUUGGUAGACAUGGCUCAGAAGAUUGGAGCAGCACUUCAGGUGGGGGAGAACCUGGUCUGGACUAAGCCGGGCAAGAACACCAAAACAAAGCACCGCGCAGCGCUGCCUGGCAGCAAGCACAGCCUGAACCAGCAGCCUCUGGGCUCCAACCAGGCGUUGGGCCAGGCCAUGUCAUCAGCCGCGGGCUACAGCAAGAGCAUCCACCUGUCGGCAGAUGGAUGUCUGACUCGUAUCCAGAAGCCUCCCUCGUUGCCAUUGGAACCAGAGACAACGGCUGAGGAUAUGAACAGAAAGCAAACCCCAAGCUAGCUCUCAAUUCCCACUCUGCUUCCUAGAAUAGCCUCUGCCUGACCCUCCACUUGAACUUGAACUAACUUAUCAAUGGACUUAUCAAAACUUAUCAAAAGACUUGGAAUGUGAUGAAGAAUAUUCAGAUGAAGAUCAGAUGUAAUGUAAACAAAUAAAUUGGGGAAAUAAAUGAUUAUAUAAAGAUUUA